CCUAAGGUCAGUUGAAGGUGAAGUAAGAGCGUCAUUUUGAUUGUGAAGGACACAUGAGGCCCAGAUGAGUAGGGUUUUGCGCCUGGAUGGAGAGUUAUUAAGGAUAACGGUUAACGAACUAUCCAAAGUGACAGAACUCAAAGGAAUACCGUGGUCGAGGUUUACCGAACUAAAUCGCAUUCUCAAGGGUUUCCGUACACAUGAAAUGACAGUUCUCUCUGGAAAUACAGGGGUUGGUAAAACGACUUUCCUGUGUGAAUAUUCUCUUGAUCUCGCGGAGCAAGGAGUCCCUACAUUGUGGGGUAGUUUUGAAAUGCCUCUUCGAAAAGUGUGCAAGACGUUAGUGCAGCAAUUUGCUGGUGAACCGCUAGAUCCGCCUGUACCUAGUAGAAUCGCAGAUUGGGCACGCAUGUUUAGUCAAAAUAUUCCCAUUUAUUUCAUGAACCUGCAUGGGACUCAAAAUGUAGCAGAAGUAUUGAAGACUAUGGAGGUUGGAAUUAAAGAUGUUGGUGUAGAACAUAUAGUACUGGAUAAUAUUCAAUUUCUUUUGGGAGCUGGUGACGGUAAUUUCAUUGAGCGAUUUCAACGUCAAGAUAAUUUUGUACAAAAAUUACGAUCUUUUGCUACGGAUAAUAACGCCCACAUUACAAUUGUAGCUCAUCCUAGAAAGGAAGAAGUUAAUCGUCUGCUUACAAUAAACAGCUUAUACGGUGGUGGUAAACUUUCCCAAGAAGCUGAUAAUGUAAUGUUUAUUCAAUCAGAAACAACUACAUCUAUACCGAAGAAGUACUUACAAGUUGUAAAAAAUCGUUAUGAUGGGACAUUGGGUAGUAUGGAUUUGAAUUUCCGUAAAGAUCGUCUCUCGUAUAGACCACGUGCACGUGAGCUGGUUAUCCCGACAAAAGCAACUACAUUUCCAAGAGUAGUUGGUUACAAUUGAGUGUUCUCGUUAUGGAAUAGAGGAGGAGGGGAAAUCUAUUUCACUGCAAUAUCAUUCAUUAUACAACUCUCUCUCUUUAUUAUAAAAACAUUUUGAUAUUUAUAUAUACAUGCAUACAUACCUUUUUUCAUUUUCUCUUUUUCUGUACAUGACCGAAACUUUUUUCAGACUUACAAUCCAUUUGUAUUUAUAAACCAGAU